AUGGUACGCACUCAACUUCGCCCCGUGGGUAUUCAAGCCUGCAAACUCCUCAGAAGAUGCCUCACCGAGGUAGGACUCGCUUUCGCUGCGUCAGGAAUCGGUCCCACAGCCCAUUUGCCGCAACUAUCCACAAAUCCCAAGAAGAAUGCAGCUGCAACCCCGGAGAAGUGGGAAAUCUACGUUAGUAGAGGGUUCGGAAACACCCCAGACGAGGAUGAAGACGGAUUUGCUUUGUGCAAAGUAAUCCGAACUACUGCCAAGGCCGACUAUUUCCCAAGUUGA